CACGGAUUGACAACGCCAGUCUACUAACAACCACAGCACCUGUCUUUCACAUCGACCGCAAUCAUGGCUGUCGGAAAGAACAAGAGACUGUCCAAGGGCAAGAAGGGCCUGAAGAAGAGAACCGACCCAUUCGCCCGCAAGGACUGGUUCAGCGUCAAGGCCCCAUCGACGUUCGCCAUUCGAGAUGUCGGCAAGACCCUCGUGAACCGCUCCACUGGUCUCAAGAACGCCAACGAUGCGCUCAAGGGCCGUAUCUUCGAGGUCUCCCUCGCCGAUCUCCAGAAGGAUGAGGACCACGCCUUCCGCAAGGUCAAGCUGCGAGUUGACGAGGUUCAGGGCAAGAACUGCCUCACCAACUUCCACGGACUCGACUUCACUUCGGACAAGCUGCGCUCGCUCGUUCGCAAAUGGCAGACUCUCAUCGAGGCCAACGUGGUUGUCAAGACCACCGACGACUACCUCCUCCGACUCUUCUGCAUCGCCUUUACGAAGCGGAGACCUAACCAGAUCAAGAAGACCACCUAUGCGCAGUCUUCGCAGAUCCGUGCAAUCAGGAAGAAGAUGACGGAUAUUAUGCAGCGCGAGGCUUCGGCCUGCACCCUCAGCCAGCUCACCACCAAGCUGAUCCCUGAAGUGAUUGGCCGCGAGAUCGAGAAGAGCACCCAGGGUAUCUACCCACUGCAAAAUGUCCACGUUCGCAAGGUCAAGCUUCUCAAGGCACCCAAGUUCGACCUUGGUAACCUUCUCUCGCUUCACGGAGAGUCGUCCACCGAUGACGCUGGUCAAAAGGUUGAGGGCGCGCGUGACUUCAAGGAGCAAGUCCUCGAGAGUGUGUAAGCGGGUUAUGCAUGACGCUUUAUGGGACGGGCAUUGGGCAGCGUGGCGAUUUCACGUUUUGCGUGUAGAAAGGCGUUUGAGAGCAGGGCCACGGACAUGAGAUGCAAGAGAGACAUCAUACCAGCGCCACGUUAGGUCCUACGCAAAAUCAGUGAAACGUUUAAAUGUUCAAUGUCUCCCCAUACCUCAGUUUCAUACUGCUGUAUACUGUAUGCCAGUAUUAUGUCAGUGAAUGCGGCCAUGCAUGGAUUGGGGGGAGUUUAGGUGAACAGGCUGAACAGUGCCAAUGCCAAUUCCACAGACAGCAUGUAUCUACCUACUACAUGUAGGUGCCUGUAAUAUUU